AGGAACAGCGAGCUGAACUGGCCGCGAGCAGACAGGCAGGCAGACGCAGCAGGAUCAGUCGGUCGCCGCUCGCUCGACGAAGCCCGUGUGCAGCAGCAGCAGCAGAGAGCUUGCAAAAAGCUUGCGCGUGAUUAUUAAACUGGCGGUGCGUCGAGGAGGGCUGCGUGAUGGAUCGGUCGAGUAGUAGUAGUAGUAGUAGUAGUAGCAGCAGUAGUAGCGCCUGAAGACGGUGCAGCAGGAUAUAAUUUUGUCUAAGGGCCGGGGGCUGGGCUGGUCAUGACUGCUCGACGACAACGAGCAGCAGCAGCAGCAGCAGCAGCAGAUUGUAGCAGCGGGCCAAGUCAGGAUCAGUAGCUCUGCGUUGGCACUCAGCUAAGAGAGUAGAAAGAAGAAGAAGAAGCAGUUAGUCCAGUUAGAGGAGGAAGAGGAUCGAUCGUCGACGUUCAACAUCGCAAGCUCUCUCUCUCUCUCUCAUUCCGGACCGCGACUCGCGCUAACGAGCUGCUGCACACGGAUCAGGAGGAGGAGGAGGAGUGGAUAUCAGUGGCAUAAGCCGAGCUUGCGGGGCUUUUUUCGUUGUUGUUAAGUGCCACGAAGACGACGACGACGACGACGACGACGACGAUUACGACGACGACUAGACGAUGGGCCGAGGCGACAAGAAGACGGGCUCGCAGCGCGAAGCGAGCACGAAUCUCGUGGGCAAGUUCACGCAGAGCGUCAGGCGCAUCGUGCAGGACGUCAAAGACGAGGGCACUGCCAGCGGACAAACGAAGGAGGAGGUGAUCGAGACGAACGAGCGUCUGCGCGCCGUGCGCAUCCGCCUCGAGGGCAGCUACGAGACGGCGAAGAAGGCCCUGGUCGAGCUCAUGCGCAAGUACACGGACAGCAAGCAGGUGCGCAACGUGUUCGAGCGCUACGCCCUGCUCAAGGCCAUGAUCAAGCAGGUGGUGAAGCUCGAGACGCAGUACUGGACGCUGGUCGACAUACCGCGGCAGGAGAAGCAGGAGACGGUGCCGGCCUUCGUGCUGAGGGCCUGCACGAUCAUGGAGAAGAGCCACAAAAGCGGUGGAGCGGCCGGCAACAACAGCAGCAACGACCAGCAGAAGACGUCGGCGAGGCUCGCCGAGGAGGCCGAAUCGAGGCGAGAGCGCAUAGAUCGACUCGAGAACAUGACGAUAUCGCAGAUCGAGGCCGAGAACACGCAGAUGACCAACGACCUGUAUCGGCUGCUCAAGAAGUACACGGGCCUGCGGAACCUCAUCAAAGAGCUGAAGGAGGAGUACAACAGCUCGAAGCUGUACCCGAUCGUGCCGCGCUACACCAUGCUCAAGGACAUGAUCAAGGACAUAAUGCACAAUCCCGACUACAUGGAGGUCUGUCACGAGCUCGACUGCACAUAGUCCUCGUAGACCGGCCACCAGCAGAUCGUGGCCAGCGGCAGUUGCGGCAGAAAGAACAAGGGCAGUCUGAGGAGCUUGCGCUGAAUCGAGUUCGCCGGCAUAUACACGUUUUCUCGAACAAGCCUUAAGUAUAUUAUAAUAUACGAUACGAAACGAACGAAUGUAGCGCCGAGGCGUGCAUAUAGCGGCCGAUCAUGGGAGAAUUCGAAUCGUAUCUCCAAGGGAGAGACCACGUCCGGAUCGCUUAGGAUAUUAUCGUACUCGUGCAAUACUUCGAGCCCAAGUCGUGUAUACACUGCAUGUACACAUUCAACAAGUCGGACUUUUAUCGCGUAGGCUCGUUUUCUAUUAUUUACGAUAUUAUAACACUUGUGUGUGGUGCGCGUCGAUAUAGGGAGAGAGCUACUUAUUGUACCUACAGAUCGAGUAUAAAAUUAGGAUUUUAUGAUCGUAGUUUAUAUGAUGAAAAAAAAAAAAUAAUAAUAAUAAUAAGGCGCUCGCGAGUCGACGACGACGGGCGUCAAGGCCUCGAUUAGCUAUAUCAUUAAACAUCGUACGUUAUAAAAAUAGUAUAAUAGAGAAUUUUACCUGUACACCGAUAAAAAAAUUCGGCAGAGUGUAGCUUUUCUGUAAUUAACGAGAAGAAACGCUGUUUCUCGGGAUAAAGCGCGUGGCUAACGUUAUGGCUUUUAUAUACAUAAUACGGUCCGAUCUCGCGGACUUUUUUCCACGUUACCAAAAAAAAGCAGCGAAAAAGCUCCGCUACAUAAAUCUCUCGGCGCGUUAAUCUCUCGUUUGCGUGCGCGGGCGGGCGUUUAUACUCGAGCGUCGACGUCGCGCGCGUUAUUCUAUGUAUAUAGUGCCUAUUAUUGCAGCCACAGAGAUAAUGGCAUAAUUAUUGGGACGAGCCGCCGCCGCCGCACGCAGAGAUUUAGCCCCCCGCGCGCCGCGUACUGUACCAACGUAUUAUAUAGCCGCUGUCACGUAUGCUCAAGCGAAAUACACACACACAAUGUACACGUACGCACACAUAGACAUACACAUAGCUAGAGAUCCGCCCUCCCUUUCUCUAUUUGUGUGCCACUCUGCUGUAGCGUUAUUUAAGCCUAUAUAUAUGCAUAAUAUGCGUGUGCAGCAGUAGCAGCAGCUGUUGCUAAUAUCAGCUGAUGCCACUGCUCUCUUUCUCUCUCUCUCUCUCUCUCUCUCUCUCUCUCUCUCUCUCUCUCUAGCACAUUGUUGUGUCCUAUAUAUAUAUGCAUGAGAGAUGUUGUUGUAUAGUAUACAGCGUAAGCGAGAUCUCCCUUCGUGUGUACCUAUAGAUAGUUCAGCCCGCGCCGAGCUCUAUGCAUUCGGUACGAGCAGCCACGUACGAUAUAUAUAUACGAGCGAAGCGCGCAACAACGUACCUAUAUCCCCAUAUACACACCGAUCGCCACCGUUAUUAUUACUCUCGCGUACGAGAUGCACACACAAGUUCCUAUAUAUGAAUAAAGUCCCGCGCGGCUCGAGCGCAACCACGGCACGGGCAUCGUCUUCUCUCUUUCUCCUUGAAGAAGCAGCGAGCGAUGAUCGUUUUUCGCCAUAAUUAAUACACACGUGGAAAAAUAAGAGAGCAGAAAAGCGCCUCGCGUAUAUAUAAGACAGUCGUGCUGUGCACACGUGCGAUCGAUACUACGCUAUUUUCAUCGGCACACAGCUCUCUGUCUCUUCUCGUGUGUAUACAAACAGCAGCAGCAACAUCCACACAUGUAUACAGCUCUUAUACAUACGUUCCAUAUAUAUUCAUGUAUACGAGUCCGAAAGCACAUCGCGCAGCCUAUAGGCAGCUGGAGCUUUUCGCGCCUCGUCCUAUAGUCGUCGUUCGAGUCUCGAACUUUAUUAAAGAACCUCCCCCCUAUUCAUACGUACACACAUAUAUAAUAUAUAUAUAUAUACGUUCGUGCGCAACUCGUUUAAACUACCUUCUCCAGCUGCCUAUAGUAUAUAUAGUAUAGCAUGGUAGAAGGAGGUGCCAGUUGCAGGCGAUAGUAGUGCUGUACGUAUAUCGAGAGAAAGGGAGAAAGCGACUACUCCGCAAGCUCCUCUAAUUUCGAGACUCUUAGGCAAGCGCAUCUUCGCGCGCCCGCUCGAGCUUUAUACUUUACUUUAUACUUUGUUUCUUAUAUAGUAGUAUAGUAGGUAUAUGUGUAUAUACGGAGAAAGAGAGAAAGAGAGAGAGAGCGAGACUAUUCUGCACACCUGCGGUGCUUGCUGCUGCUGCGCUAGGCGCCUUGCUCGCGUAUAGUAUUAUACAGCGUGCGUCUUUUCGAGCUCACUCCCGACCCCGACGAAAUAAUAUUGUAUACAAAAAUUUAUGCAUUAUAUAAGGCGGACAGGACCAUGAUCGGUGCCGAUGUUUAUAUUGUAUACGUGCCGAUAAUUUGACGAAAAAAACGAACGAAUAUUCGAGCCCAAUUUUUUUUCUCUCUGCAUGACUUUUGAGCUUCGCGUUGGCGCUUGCGAAUCCCGGAAAAGUUCCUUACUAUACGCACACAUAUCAUUGACUCGCCCCGGCUGCGCAGCAAGUGCAGAAAAUGUCGAAUAUAUAUUUUUUUUUCGCUUACUCGCUUGCUUUACUCUCUUCAAACACUUUCUCGGCUCUAAUAUAAUUCGAUAUGUAUACACACACACACACGCGCGGGCGCGCGCGUAUAUUUGAGGCAGCGUGAAACACUCGAGAGCCUAGUAACGCGCGCGCGCCAAAAAGUCAAGGCAAUAUUUUUCUUCAUUCGCAAUAAUAUUAUAACGAACG